AUGUCCAGCAAACGUGCCAAAGCCAAGACCACCAAGAAGCGCCCCCAGCGCGCGACCUCCAAUGUCUUUGCCAUGUUCGACCAGUCGCAGAUCCAGGAGUUCAAGGAAGCCUUCAACAUGAUAGACCAGAACCGCGAUGGCUUCAUUGACAAGGAGGAUCUGCACGACAUGCUGGCUUCCCUUGGCCACGGCUCCCACCUCUUGCUGCGGUUCCUCCGUGGCGCUCUGGGAGGUCUGUCAAUGAUUGACCUGGCAGCCAAACCUGUUCUGGAGGUCCUGCCCGGCCAGGAGGGAUCUCCCUUCUCCCCAUGA